CGAAUGCUUUGGGGAUCGUGAAGUUGUCUCGUCAACGUCGUUUGUUUCAUCCUCUGAGAGCCAUCGACCUCUUCACCUCUUCACUUCUUCUCCUCUUCUCCUUUUCUCCUGUCCGCGUCGUCCUAGGCUUUGUAUAUCAGAGAUCAUCCGUAUCCUAUCACGCCCCCCGCCUCUCGCCUCUCCCUUUGCUGACUUCCCCACAUUGUCAUAUCAUGGCUGAUGACACCCCCGCGGCGGACGAGUCCGUCACCUUCACCGUCAAGUCUUCCAAUGACGCCAAGUACACGUUCACACUGCCUACGUCGACACUCGUAUCAGAGCUGAAGAACAAGCUCUCGAGUUCAGAAUACGCAGACACGCCAGCAGACCGCCAGCGAUUGAUCUAUUCCGGGCGGGUGCUGAAGGACAACGAGGCCCUUGCGACAUACAAGAUUAAGGAUGGACACACGGUUCACCUGGUGAAGAGUGCCGCGAGCAACCAACGGCAAGCCGCUCAGACUUCAGCCUCUGCUCCAGGAACGACUUCGAGCCAAGGAGUGCCUGGUGUUCCUACGAACAUUGCUGCGGGUACUGGCAAUAAUCCGUUGGCUGGGUUGACUGGGGCAAGAUAUGCGGGGUUUGCGCAGCUGCCAGGUGCUGGGAUGUUUGGCCCGGACGGUGGAAUGGGACCUCCUCCUGACACAGAGACUAUGCUCAGUAUGCUCGAGAAUCCUCAGUUCCAGUCCACCAUGAACGAAGCCCUUCAAAACCCCGCCAUUAUCGACAUGAUGAUCCAGCAAAAUCCCAUGCUCCGCGACAUGGGACCUGGUGUGCGGCAGAUGUUCCAGAGCCCGGAAUUCCGCCGGAUGUUGACUGAUCCCAAUGCGAUCCGCCAGGCUGCACAGAUGCAGAGAGCCAUGGGCUUGGGGGGUGCUUUCGGUGGAGCGGGCAAUGCAGGCUUCCCUGCUCCGGGAGUAACGAACACGACUCCGGAAGAAAACAGGAACGCACAGCAAGGACAGACAAACGAGGGGGCCAAUGCGAACCCACCUCCGCCAUUCAACCCCUUCCUUGGAGCUGGAGCUGGAGGUGUGAAUCCGUUCGCUGCUCUGUUUGGCGGCAAUCCUCCCACCGCGCCUUCCGCUGGAACCGAUCAGACCGCCGCAGGCCAAGGACCGGCAGGCGGAACGACGCCUGGAGGAACGGAAAACCAGCAGAACCCUUUUGCUAUGCUAUUUAAUCCCGCUCUCUUUGGACAACCGCCCGCCCAGCCUGGUGCGACCGGCUCGCAGCAGACGCCAGGCGCCCAGGCACCCUUUAAUGCUUUUAACCCGCAAACGAACCCUUUCCUUCGAGACCCCGCCGCGCUCUCGCAGAUGCUACAGGCUUUGGGUGGUCCAGACCAGGCCGGGGCUAAUCCCUUUGCUGCGCUGUUCCCUAGCGCAGCCCCGGCAGACAAUCGACCUCCGGAGGAGAGAUACGCGGACCAACUGCGCCAGCUCAACGAUAUGGGCUUCUUCGAAUUCGAGAGGAAUAUUGAGGCUCUACGGAGAAGCGGUGGUAGUGUGCAAGGAGCAGUGGAAUAUCUCCUGAACCAAUCGUGAGCGCUGAAGGCAUUCGCACUCUCGCGACAUCUUUGCUUCCUGCUGUAUGAUGAUUACGAUGCACAAUGGUUUCCCUAUUACUGCCAAGGAUGCCCUGGUCUCUCUUCCCCUGUGUUUUCUGUGCGCCUCUCCUUGUGUGAUUUUUCUGGUGACGGUGUCUGCUUUAAUCCAUGACUGCAGAUGCAUGACCUAGCGAGCCGGUAUUGUAGGUAAAUCCAUGUGGUUGGGAUAAGACCGCCACUAAAUCUGGAGUUUUGUGCUUUUCGCUCAUUAGCUAUUAAUAGACGGCAGUAGAACGUAGGUAGUCUCGAGGUUGGGUUCCCCACAACCACUAUGGGGUAUGUACAGUACAUGGUAUAUCGAUCAGAUCUUAUCAAAGAACAGGGCUUGGUAGAAACGAAACAGAUUGCAUGAUAAGCUGGUAUAUCAUAGUAAG